GAGAGAGAGAGAGAGAGAGAGAGAGAGAGAGAGAGAGAGAGAGAGAGAGAGAGAGAGAGAGAGAGAGAGAGAGAGAGAGAGAGAGAGAGAGAGAGAGAGAGAGAGAGAGAGAGAGAGAGAGAGAGAGAGAGAGAGAUCCUGCCCCGCGCGUCGUCACUUCGGGACAUCCGCGCCAAUGUGGUCCUGAGCUUUACUUGAACUGGCAUGACGGAAUGAUCAACGAUCGCCUCCCGCAAUAUCGGUGUUCGUGUGGUGUUAUCCACCGAGCGAACUCACCAUCGUGAUUAUUUUGCUUAUUGACAGACUGCAGGUGUGCACACUUUGGCAGUAUGUAAUGUUUGAAACGACGCAGCGAUUUCUGGAGAAUUGCACUACUUUGAGGAGUUCUCUCAUUCUAUAUCUUGAGCCAAUAACGCCCCCCCCCCCCAACGGCGCUCUAUUCUGCAGGCCAGGGAACAGAUUCCCCGCAAUGUCUGUGAACUGACAGCGUAAAGAUCGGAACCAUUUGGAAACUGUGAAGGACCGGGGGAAAAAAUGAAAGCAUCCAUACCUUUUCUGGUCCUACUUCAUGCAAUUGUGGUCCAUUGCCUGAGAGUGAUGUCUAAGAGAGGCUCGGUGGAAGGAUGCACGGAUUGGUCCGUGGACUAUCUGAAAUACAAGGUGCUCCUGGGUGAACCUGUUCGGAUUAAGUGUGCUUUAUUCUAUGGAUAUAUACGUGCCAACUACACACAUGCUCAGAGCUCAGGACUCAGUCUCAUGUGGUACAAAAGUGCCGGACAUGGCGAUUUCGAGGAGCCCAUCAGUUUUGAUGGCACACGAAUGAGCAAGGAGGAGGAUGCAAUAUGGUUUCGACCAGCCGAGCUAGACGACGUGGGAUACUAUUCCUGUGUAUUAAGGAACUCCACCUACUGCAUGAAGGUGUCCAUGUCUCUCACGGUGGCAGAAAAUGACACAGACCUGUGUUACAACUCCAAGAUGAGGUUUUUUGAGAAGGCAGAGCUAAGUAAAAGCAAAGACAUUACCUGCACAGGCAUCGAAGAUUAUAUCCAGCCAGGAGCGGAGCCCCAGAUUGUCUGGUACAAGGAGUGUGUGCCUAAACAAUGGAGACAAACAAUCGAGAGGAGGAGGGACACCCUCUCCAUCAAGGAAGUUCAAGAAGAUGACUUUGGGAAUUACACUUGUGAAUUACAGUUUGGAAACUUUGUAGUGCGGAGGACCACUGAACUGUCUGUCACGGCUCCUUUGACAGACAAGCCACCCAAAAUUCUCUCCCCAUCCGAAAGCCAGACCAGCGUCAUUGAGAUGGCACAAGGAAGUCCAGUCAACCUGACGUGCAGAGCGUUCUUUGGGUACAGUGGUGAUGUCAGCCCACUCAUUUACUGGAUGAAGGCAGAAAAGUUUAUUGAAGAUCUGGAUGAGGAACGGGUACGAGAAAGUGACAUCAAGACAGUACGUGAGCACUUGGGGGAGCAAGAGGUCUCCAUUUCACUUACCAUUGAUUCCCUGGAGGAGAGCGAUCUGGGAAACUACACUUGCAUCGUAGAAAAUGGCAACGGUCGGCGACAGGCAAACAUCCAGAUUGUCAAGAAAGCUGAGCUCAUGUACACAGUGGAACUGGCCGGCGGUCUGGGAGCCAUCUUGAUACUGCUCAUCUGCCUGGUGACACUGUACAAGUGUUACAGGAUUGAGCUCAUGCUGUUCUACAGGAACCAUUUCGGCAGUGAGGAUUUAGAUGGAGAUAACAAAGAUUACGACGCCUACCUGUCCUACACAAAAGUAGACCCCGACCAGUGGAGUCAGGAAACUCGAGAGGAGGAGCGCUUUGCCCUGGAGAUCCUGCCUGACGUGCUGGAGAAGCAUUAUGGGUAUAAACUCUUCAUUCCAGACAGGGACUUGAUCCCAACAGGAAGUUUCACCAGUGAUCAUUUCCAGGAUGACACCAGACUACUUAGAGCUUACAUCGAGGAUGUUGCCCGCUGUGUGGACCAGAGCAAGCGCCUCAUCAUCGUUUUGACCCCCAGCUAUGUGGUGCGGAGGGGGUGGAGCAUCUUUGAGCUGGAGACGCGUCUGCGCAAUAUGCUGGUGACGGGCGAGAUCAAGGUCAUUCUCAUCGAGUGUGCUGAGCUGCGUGGCAUCAUGAAUUACCAGGAAGUAGAGGCCCUCAAACACACCAUUAAAACGUUGACAGUCAUCAAAUGGCGCGGCUCGCCCAGCAACAAGCUAGACUCCAAGUUCUGGAAGCAGCUGAUCUUCGAGAUGCCCUUCAAACGCACUGAGCCCCUGAGCAUCUCACGCGAGCAAGUACUGGAUGUGAGUGAGCAAGGUCCCUUUGGCGAGCUCCAGGCGGUAUCGGCGAUGUCCAUGGCGGCUGCCACCUCCACCGCCAUGGCAACGGCUCACCCGGACUUUCGCUCCAACUUUCACAACUCGUACCACACCCAGAUGAGACAGAAACAUUAUUACCGCGGUUAUGACUAUGAGCUGCCACCAGGGGGCACUCUUCCACACCUGUCGUCUGGACGAAACCAGCAUACGUACUGCAACAUCCCCAUGACACUCCUGAAUGGACAGCGACCGCAGUCCAAGUCGCCGCGGCAACAGAGUUUAGAGGAAGGACACGGAAACAACGCCUUGCUGCCGCUUCUGCCCCGAGAGACUAGUAUAUCAAGCGUCAUCUGGUGACACACGGGACAUACUAAUCCAGGAGACAGGGUUGGAUCGGUUUUUACGAUUUGUGUGCCAUUUGUUCUUUCCAUUUUCAAAAUCAAAAUAGAAAAAAAAACUGUGUCACUGAUUUUUUUGUUCAGUUUUUUUUCCUAACAUUAAGUAAAGUCAAUUUUAUUUAUACAGCUCUUAAUCACAAACAUGUCUCAAAGGGCUUCACAUGGCCACAAUUGACAAUUAUUCUCGACAUCCCCUGAUCUUAACUCCAAGGAGGGCAAGGGAAAACUCACAAAACUGGGGAAAAAUGACAAAACCUUGAGAAGGGACCGUAGAUGGGAGGAUUCCCCUUCCAGGAUGACCAGACUGCAAUGGAUGCAGCAUUGAACACACAAUUAAAAAAAAAAAAUUAUGAUUCACAAUAAAUUGCGGUAAUGUACGUAUUAGGCCUUAUGGCUCUAUUUUCAUCUAUUUGCCCUCUUUGAUAAUGCAAUGUUAAGCCAUUUUUGCCGUUUGCUGAAAAACGACUAUUGGAGGUAGACAAGGUUUUGGCCCAACGCCAGCAAUAUGAAAAUAAUCAGGCACUCUUUUUGCUUUUGAGUCCCAGUUACCAACUGGAAAGGGAAAGAACAAAUGAUGCACGGAUUGUUUUGUCACAUUGAACAACACUUAAAAAAAAAAAAAAAGGAGCAAGUGUUUUGCGCUAUGCCUGUAAAAACCAUCAUGUAACUUAAGCCAACACCGGUUAAUAUGGCUGGGAAAAUGCUGAAAUACAGGGUCAUGUACAUAGUGUUUGUAUUUCUUUGUAGCAUUUCUUUUUUAAUGAUAUUCUGUGUCACCGUUUGGGAGUUUUUGUGUUUGUUUUCUGAAGCUUGUGAAAUGCAUCACACAUCGAUAAUGGGGGGGGGGGGGGGGUAACGGUGGUGGGAUGGAACUCCGGAAGCAAAGUCUCAGCUCCUCCAACCACUGUAAAGGACACAAACUCAGGAGUCACCAAUCCCAAUAAUGGAUGGCAGUGGUACCUGAGAAAUACGGUGCUAUAGCCUUACAUUGCUGUUUUCUUUGAGAUAACAACAGACUUAUUUACCCUAACAAAUGAUUCUAUCGCAGAAAAGUUUAACUGUGUAUUAUUUUAUGAAAAGAGUCUAUUUUUGUAAUUGUGUGACAGAAGGACUUUAAGAGUAGAGCAGAGUUUUGUAAUGCAGUGGGUAUAGUCCGCCCCCUCUGAUGGGUUAUUCACUGUCUUUUAUAUAUAUAUUAAAAAAAAAAAAAGAAGCUUAUUACUGUUCAAAAGUCUUGGGCCACAUCAUGUGUUGUUUUAGGAGCCGAUGUCUCUCAAAAGAGGACAUAUUUCUGCCAGUGCCAAACAAAAGUCAUUCAUUUAUAAUUGCUGGAGGCAAUCGUGACACUGAUUCAAACAUUGAAAAUAGAAUGUUGUAUCUGCACUUCUGUCCAGAUUCUCACCAGAAUUUGACAUUUUUUUCCUGGCCCCAUGUAAUACCCAUCAGAAAAGUGUUUCGAAGAAGGCUAUUAGAACAACAAAGCUAGUGAAGACCCAAGACGUUUGCACAAUAUGUACAUUUCCAUCAUUAAAAAGGACAGUUGUGACACUGUGGCAGCAUCUUGAGGCAACAAUGCCACUGGAGAUGGAGAGACGGAGGAAAGGAGACGCCACAUCAUCACGCAAAGCAUUUGCUUCAUGUGGUUCCUCCAGUCGGACCAGGGCUAAGCCAUCAUAUGACUGCUCUGCUGUCUGGGCACCAUUCCAUUUCGCCAGCAGGACAGAUGUCACUUAUUACAGUAGUGCAAACAUUAGGGCUUUGGCCUCCAAACUCAGGAUGAUGUUGUGUGUUCUCUGUAGAUGUUUUCUGUGUGGAAAAGUGGGAAUGCACUUGUGUUAUGACUGCAACUUUUCUUUCUUAUUACCCGUGGCAACGUGAGCGUAAAUGAAACUAGUAGACUCGAGCACAGGAGGUGUCGCCAUAAUGAAUAAUACACCUACAGGAUGUGGUGAUGGAACAAAAUGUUUGUUCCCCUUUUGCGGAUAUAAAAUAUAGUUACUAAAGACUUUCUAUAAGAAUUAGGAAUGAAUCUGUGGAAGUCAAUUGAUGGGUUGAGAUUUAAGCGCUAGGCAACAGACAUACCGGAAUUCAAGGGGCCUUACGCAAACUGUUUCCACAAAAUGAAGGCGUAGAAUGAUGAAAAAUGUUAAGGUAGUAUUAAUUGUUAAGAAUGAAAAAAAAUCCAUGGGACAUAGAGCUAAGAUGUCGAAAAAAACAAAACUCAAAUACUUUUAUUUUUUUUACUGUGCCUAUUUCAAGGCACCUUGAAGUUAAAGUCAUGAGAUUCUAGAGGAUUCAUCCUGGAGUAUGUUUAUUUUCUAAAGGCAAAUAUGAAGCGCUGAAACAGAUGAAAAUAUAUGAAAUUAAAAGGAAAUGACCACGUCAAAUGUUUCUUUCACUCCCAAGGCUUGUUACUGGCUUGUCGACGAAACGAAACGCUCACUAACUUAUUAGGCCAGUAAGGUGUAAACUUAAGCACUCUUGACUUGUGUUUGACUUGACUUGACUUGUUAAACUACGAUUCGAGCGUUUCCGAAAGCCCCCGUUCUGACUUUUUAGGAGUAAAAUUUUUAAAGCUGGAAUUAACGGCAUGCGUGCGUGUGUGUGUGUGUGUGUGUGUGUGUGUGUGCGUGCGUGCCUCCACAUUGUAAAAAUACAAAGAUUACGUUUUCGAUGAAGACAAUCGAGCCAUAAUAUUCCCCCAAGGGCAUCACAACAACACAGUCGUUGUUCAGGAGGCGCUUUAAAGUCCCAUUGCACCAAUAUACGUAUGUUUUAAGUGAACUCCCAUUUUUAUAUUACGGUGAAUAUUUGUGGUGACAAUGGCUGUGAUGAUGAUGAUGAUGAUGAUGAUGAUGAGUAAAGAAUAUAUAGCACAGAAAUAAUUGCAGGCACUUUCACUACAAUAGAGAGAUAAUGGUCUCCUGUUUCUGGAUUAUUUUCCAUCAUGUAUCUGUAAUGAACAUGAAGAGAGAUCAUGCUAUUAAUAAAAUGCAUUUGAAGUCAC